CUCGGAAGAAGCGCUAAAAAAGGAGUUGGGUUUAUUUUUCCGUGAAAAUCGCUUUCUGUCGAAGAUUGAGUGACCAGCGUCAUUGAUACGUUGAUGUAAAAGGCUUUUAUCGAUUAGAUUAAAGACUUAAGGUUUGGUUUGAAAACCUCCUUUCACCCUGGAGAAGCUAGGGGGAGCCAGGAGAAGGAGCCAGGAGGAGCCACUUGCCUUGACACUAUGGUCCAUGAAGUGGAGAAUUUCUACGGAGUCUACCUGCUGUACAACGUCAACCCAAAGUUCAAAGGUCGCACCUAUAUCGGGUUUACGGUUGACCCUAAUCGACGUGUCAAGCAGCACAACACAGGCAAGCAUGCAGGGGGCGCAUGGAGAACGAGUGGGAAGGGACCGUGGGAGAUGGUGAUCAUCACUCACGGUUUUCCCAAUGAGAUCUCUGCCUUAAGAUUCGAAUGGGCCUGGCAGAACCCUGGCAAAUCUCGCAGACUAUCUCAUCUGCCGGGCAAAACCCGUAAGGAAACCGCCUACCAGUACCGAUUCCGGAUAUUUUCCGAAAUGUUACGUACGGGUCCCUGGAACCGGCUGGCGCUGACGGUGCGCUGGCUCAAACAGGAGUACCAGUUGGAUUUCUCACCAGAAUGCCCUCCCCCUCUUCACAUGGCCAUUGCGUACGGCCCAGUCAAGGCCGUCAGGCUCAAAGACGCACCGUCAAAGCGAAAGAAAAAACAGCCAGAUUCCGAAGAGAGCAACACUGAAAUGAGCGCAGGUGAAGAUGUGACUUCAGUUAGCGGAGAGAUGUGCUGCAUUUGCCAGGGAGGCUUCAUGUGCAAGGCAGAAAUUAUGCGCUGCUACAGGCCAGAGUGUCACAUGACUGCCCACAUGGUCUGCUUGUCUCGGCUGUUCCUCACGGGAGCAGGAGCCGCCACAGAGGACGGCUGUUGUCCACUACAGGUGAUACCUGUGGGUGGGAUGUGCCCAUCCUGUGCCCAGGAGCUGUUAUGGGGAGAUCUCAUCAGAUACAAACAGGGCUGUUUCCAAGCCAUUCAAGAGGAAACGUCUUCAGAUGGUCACUGGACAAAUGAUUUGCAGGCAAGUCAGGACAACAUAUGACCAGUGGAUUCGUGAAGAUUUUUUCUGCCAUCAACUAGUGGACAGGCAAGUUACAGUCUGGUGAGCUAGUGUGUCAUACAAAAGGAUUUUGUUGACAAUCUUACAGGGCAGUGAGCUACAUGAAUAUUUUGUCUGCCAUCAACCAGUGGACAAAAAAGUUACAGGCCAGUAAGCUAGUGUGUCAUACAUGAGGAUUUUGUCUGCCAUCAACCAGUGGACAAACAUCUUACAGGCCGGUGACCUAGUGUGUCAUACAUGAGGAAUUUGUCGGCCAUCAGCCAGUGGACAAACAUCUUACAGGCCGGUGAGCUAGUGUGUCAUACAUGAGGAGUUCAUCGGCCAUCAACCAGUGGACAAACAUCUUACAGGCCAGUGAGCUAGUGUGUCAUACAUGAGGAUUUUGUCGGCCAUCAACCAGUGGACAAACAAGUUACAGGCCGGUAAGCUAGUGUGUCAUACAUGAGGAUUUUGUCGGCCAUCAACCAGUGGACAAAAAAGUUACUGGCCAGUGACCUAGUUUGUCAUGCAUGAGGAUUUUGUCGGACAUCAACCAGUGGACAAACAAGUUACAGGCCAGUGAGCUAGUGUGUCAUACAUGAGGAUUUUGUCUGCCAUCAACCAGUGGACAAACAUCUUACAGGCCAGUGAGCUAGUGUGUCAUACAUGAGGAGUUCAUCGGCCAUCAACCAGUGGACAAGCAAUUUACAGGCCAGUGAGCUAGUGUGUCAUACAUGAGGAUUUUGUCUGCCAUCAACCAGUGGACAAACAAGUUACAAGCCGGUAAGCUAGUGUGACAUACAUGAGGAUUUUGUCGGCCAUCAACCAGUGGACAAACAUCUUACAGGCCAGUGAGCUAGUGUGUCAUACAUGAGGAUUUUGUCGGCCAUCAACCA